CCCAAACCAAAAAUGACACAAAAUCAAAUUUGUAGAAAUUUACAGCAACUUUUAGCACUACCGAUUCGCCAACUUUACUUCAGUCACGAAAAAAAAAACCCACAAAAGUCAAUUUCAUUUAUUAAGUCACAGCCAACGAAAGCAAAAACUAGUCAUGUUGAUUUAUUUAAGUGGAAAAAUUAAGAAAUUGGAUUUUAUAUCAGUCGCAUUAAUUCUGUCCGCAUUAUUCGUGAGUCUUACAUUAAUUAGAAGUUAUUUCGAUACACAAAUAUCAACAUUAAAAACGGAAGUUCUGCUAUACAGCGAUGCUUACGGUUCUUUAAGAAAGAAAAUUGCAAAGCCACGUUAUCCAUUUGCCACACAGUAUGACAAGCUCGAUUAUCAUGAUUAUGAAUUUAUGGAAUAUGAAGCAUCAAGAAUAGGUCCUGGUGAGCAAGGCAAAGCAUAUGUUCUAAAAGAUGAGGCUUAUAUUGAGAAGAAUAAGGAGAUUUUUCAAAAAUUUGGAUUUUAUGGAAUUGCCAGUGAUCAUAUUUCAGUGAAUCGUUCAUUACCAGAUAUACGGCAUGAAAAAUGUAAACGCAAACAGUACUUGAGACAAAUUCCAAAAGUGUCAAUAAUAAUCGUGUACUUUGACGAGUACUUGAGCAUGAUGAAGCGAACACUGCAUUCAAUUUUCAAUCGCACGCCGCAUAAGCUGAUUCAUGAAAUAAUAUUAGUGAACGAUAACAGCACACUGGAUGAACUUUAUCAACCGCUCGUUGAUUAUGUCACAACGAACUUUGGUGAAAUCGUAAAAUUUAGAAUGUCAAAUGAACGUCGUGGUAUGAUUGGAUCGAGGUUGGAUGGAGCACGAUUUGCAACCGGUGAAGUUCUGGUAUUUAUUGAUGCUCAAGUGGAAGUAAAUGUCAAUUGGUUACCUCCUCUACUCGAGCCAAUUGCUCUUAAUCCAAAAGUAAUUACUACACCAAUCAUUGAUUCAUUCCGUUUCGAUACAUUCGAGUAUAGAAAGCUUGAUGAUGGAGGACGUGGCAUUUUCAAUUGGGAUCUACAAUAUCGACGAUUUCCACGAAGGCCGGAGGAUAUUCGUCCCGACGCUCCGAUUCCAUCUCCUGUUAUGAUUGGAUCAGUUUUCGCAAUAAAUCGACAAUUUUUCUGGGAUGUUGGAGCAUACGACAAGCAAUUAAAGGUAUCGCACGGCGAACAAUUGGAAAUGUCAUUUAAGGCACACUUGUGUGCUCAUGGAGUCUUUGAAUGUCCUUGUUCCCGUGUCGCACAUUCAUAUCGUUAUAAAAAUUAUUACAAAAGAUUCGAAAAUGGCACAGAUUUUGCAGCACGUAAUAUGAAAAGAAUAGCAGAAGUAUGGAUGGACGAAUACAAAGAAGUUGUUUACAAACGAAAUCCAUCAAAAUACAUGUCUCUCGAUCCCGGCAAUCUUUCACGAGAAAAUAUCAUCAAACAAGGCCUUCAUUGUAAGCCUUUUAGAUAUUUUGUUGAGUAUGUAGCACCCGAGCUCCUUGAGCGUUAUCCAAUCAUUGACCCAGGAUAUUUUGCAAAAGGCACCAUAAGAAGUAAAGCCAAUCCGAAAUUAUGUGUGGAGGUGUCAAAGAAUAAUAUUGAAGAUACUGUAGAUGUGCCAAUAACAAGAAAACUUAUCCUAAAUAAAUGUGAUGACAGUCAUGUCAACCCAAGUUUUAAGCAAUUUUUUACGCUCACAUGGCAUCGACACAUUCAACAUUCAAUCUACGAUUAUUGCAUUCAAAAUUCACUUACAGUUGUCGAGUGUCAUUUUCUUGGAGGAAAUCAACUGUGGAAAUUUGAUUUGGAAACACAUCAAAUUGUAAAUCCCAUUUCGGAUGCCAUAAAAUGUCUAAGUAUAGACAUUACCAAACAAACCCUAUUAAUGGAAGAUUGUGUUGAGAAUGAUAUCAACCAACAGUGGAAUUGGGGUGAGAAAAAUUUGACGGCACUACACAGCUGGGAAAAUUUUGGCGUUGAUCUGACGUCAUUAAAAAUUUAAAUAAGAAGCAUCGUCAAUUGACGUGAAAGAGUUUUUAAAAUGAAAAUUAAUUAAGGCAGAAAAGAAGGAGAGUAAGUAAUGGUUUUCUGAAUAUGUUUUGAAUAAUUAACGAUUUAUGGACUUCCAAGAAUGUACUUAGGCGGUUUUGUAAUGAAAAUAAUCUAAUUUUGUAAUGUUUAAUAAAGUUUGAAUCUCGUA